AUUAGGUACUUCCUUGUUCUUCAAUUGAUAACUAAACAAUACUUUCCUCUCUUCAAAAUCUUCGUCAUUGCAAUUUCAGCCUCAACCUUUCCAUACUUUACAUACCUUACUCAAAUUUUACAUUCGGAAGUCGUAUACAGGAUUAAUACGUACACAGAACCAAUUGGCCUUUCGUUGAUCUACAGCUGCACCUCCUUUAAAAACAAACGACAGUUUAACUCUUGGAAUCGAGUUGAAUCAUGCCUGGUCCCGCUGUCAAACAGCAACACCGAAAGGCAUCUGCAAAACCCAAUGUCGCUACCCCCAAACAAAGUGCACCCUCUAGUAUUAACGGCUUCACUCGCGUUUCAAAGUCGGUAACUAGUACCGAUGUUAAGAAGGAGGUCGCUCUUACGCCGAAGAAGAGUUCGACUAUUGAGCCGCUCACACCUGCUUCCCGAAAGAGACCAAUUAGAAGUAUCGAGGAAAAGGACUCUUCGGCGGAUGAGAGACCAAUCAAACGCCUAAGUCUUCCUGUCAAAUCACAAAAAGCUGUGUCUCAACCUGCAAAACGUGGUCGCGGUCGUCCCUCGAAGGCUCGUCCCGAGCCCAUACUGAAAAAACGCACGAGGAGUCCGAGCAUUUCCGAUUCGGAUGAGUCAGCUGUCAAUGCGGGUGCGCUACUCAAGAGACUCCGUCUAGAAUCAUCACCAUCUCGCAGCUCUACACCUUUUUCGGUCAAUACACCAAUCACCGAGCCCGAUAUUGACGAGAACGACUUUGUCACAUCAAAGAAUGGACUUCCCGAAGAGGUCCUAGCUCUUAUCGACCUACACUCUUCACUGCUAAAGACCUUAACAUUACACUACGCGCACAAUGGAUCCAACGUACCCGCAGACUUGCGAGUCUUAUGCCCGAACGUAUCACGUGCGUGGGGAAGAAAGCAAGUCACCGAAGCCGAUAUUAGACUCUGUCUUGGUGUCCUCAAUUUCGAGCCAAAAACAACCUCUACUAAGCCCUUAUUCUCGCUUUCGGACUACGGUCGCGGUAAGAUUUGCAUCGAAAUCGAUUCGGUACAACAUGAAUCUGGCCGCCCGUUGGACGAGAAAAAACUAAACGACACGUUCCACGACAACAUCUCUUCACUUUGGACUCGGUUCUCGGCUACCAAUGGCCUCGACGUCUCGGCUUUUAUCUCUACUACGCUCCCCAGAGCCCCCGUGACGCUCUGCGAAUCCGUCGCGAAAGCCGCGCCCGUGCUAUCGAAGGGCCAGAAGCGGCUCGAGGAGUUGAAACAAGGCAUGGUGCUGAAGAAGCAGGAGAAGGAAGCCAAGAGCAAACCCCCACAGCUACAACAGCAGCAACAAUCCGGCGAUGUGCAAAUGUCGGGCGCGGGAGCAGCUCCCAAGAUGAGCGUCCUGGACCGCAUCCGGUUAAAGUCCCUCCAGAAGUCCUCGCUCCCCGCCGGCAACCUCUCGCCCGCGCAACUCCAGCGCCGCGCGGCGUUGCAGCGCGCACCCGAAGUGGCCGGUAUGCUAGGCAUGCUGAGCCGCGCCGCGGGCCAGGGGGGACGGGUGUCGUUUACUAUGGCGGCGACGUUGGAAAAGCUCAAGGACUCGCUACGGAUGGGCGUUUCGCGCGAGGAGGGCGCCGCUUGCGUUCGCCUGCUAGCGAGCGAAGUUGCGCCGGAGUGGGCGCGCGUCGUGGUUAUCGGAGGACGGGAAAAUGUGGUUCUCGAGACGGAUAGACAGCCUAAUAAGGCGGAUGUGGAGGGACGGGUCCGAGGGUUACUCGAGCAGGAGUGAAGCGAAGAAUGAAGUGACAAAGGGGUGGAAAUCAUGAUUACGAGAGAACUGCAUCCUAAGAGGUGGUGGGAGGUGGAAAGAGGAUCUAUGCUUCUUCUGGACAUGCGAAUUACCGUCUUGUCCCUGUUUUUUAUUGUUGCAUUGCAUAGCAUCGCGUUGCAUCACUGGACCACGGCUUGGUCUACGGCUUUUCGCAUUACACGAAGAUACCUCCCUCGUCUGGAUUGGCGAAUGGGAAACACUGGGUUGCUACAAACAAGUAUUAAUAGCAUCAUCAGACUUGGAUUCCGAAUCUAAUAAUAAAAACACCAAAUUUCAAAAAACAAU